CUCCCCUCCCGCGGCAUGCUCUUUCUCAGCUCACAGCAGAUUUGUGGGAAUUCACAGAUCAACCAAACACGACCUUCGUCUCUCCGGCAAGAACUUCUCGAGAUGCCCGCCGCGGUGGUGCGCUGCCCCCUCCUCCUCAGGCGGCACCCGGCGGCCGCCCUCCGACGCUCCUUCUCCUCCUCCGGCAUGCGGUCUGUGCGCAGAGCCGCGGGGGGUGGGAGCCAGGGGCGAUCACCGGCGUAUCGUGGGCUGCUGCUCGACGCCGGUGGCACGCUGCUGCAGUUGGCGCAGCCAGUCGCUGAGACGUAUGCAACCCUCGGCCGUCCAUACGGUGUGAUGAAGUCCAAAGAGUAUAUCAUGCAAGGAUUCAAGCGGGCUUUCUCAGCACCAUGGCCCAAGACGCUUAGGUACCAGGGUGAUGGGCGACCGUUCUGGAGGAUUGUCGUGGCGGAAGCAACUGACUGCACAAACAGUGAUUAUUUUGAAGAAGUAUAUCAGUACUAUGCACAUGGAGAUGCAUGGCGUCUGCCUGAUGGAGCUUACAGAACACUGCGUGAUUUAAAGGAUGCUGGAGUUAAGCUAGCUGUUGUAUCUAACUUUGACACACGGCUAAGGAAAUUGCUCAAGGACCUCAACGUCUCCAACAUGUUUGAUGCCAUUGUGGUAUCAUCGGAGGUUGGAUAUGAGAAACCUGCUCCAGAGAUCUUCAAAAUAGCAUUAGAACAAAUUGGCGUGGAAGCCAGCAAUGCAGUACAUGUAGGAGAUGAUGAAACUGCAGACAAGGCGGGUGCUAACGCUAUUGGACUCGAGUGCUGGCUGUGGGGAGAAGAUGUGAAGGAAUUUUCUGAGAUACAGCGCCGGAUCGUAGCAAAAGGCUCACGAUGAGCGCAGGGCCUUUUGACUCUGUUUGCUCGAUUUGUUCAUUUGUUUGGUAAGGGGCCCUAAUAACAGUUGUAAUUUGCCCAAAUAUAUCUGUUUCUCCACAAGGUCUGUUGUGGUCCUUGUAAUAAGCGCUGAGAAGAAUACUAAUGGUACAUGUGCAUAAUACUUUUCAGUA